CAAUCGUCAAUAUUGACGUUAAUAUUUGCGAGCACAUUUAAGACACACUCUUUGGUCGCGAACAUUGACGCCAAUAUUCACGACCAAAUAACACGACUCGCUCUCUAUUCGUGAAUAUUUUCGUCAAUCGACACGACCAAAAUUCACAACUAGUUCUCUGGUCGCGAAUAUUGACACCAAUAUUUGCGAUCAAAUUCACGACUCGUAUCUUUAUCUCCGGUCAGGUAGAGAGAGGAGUUGCUCGGCUAUAGACACAGCAAUUGCUUUUUGAAGUUGUUCCCCUGCGUUGUGCCAAAAUUGCCAAGCCGAAUAACGACUUGAACCAAAAAAUGUAAGUCAUGGCGCGUGCGUGUGAACACUACAUUUGUUGGAUAAAAAAUUGUGGCGACUGGAGAUACAACGAGUCGUGAAUUUGGUGGCGCAUGAUGACGUAAAUAUGGACGAUUGGCGAUGUCCCUCCAGAUGUCCCUCCAGGGCCACCAUACGUUGGUCUAUGAAUUACACAUUGUAUUACGUAUACAAAGCUUCUUGUUUGCAUCCCAAAUUGGAAGCUGCCAAAGGGAGCCUUUUUCUGAAUCUCUGUCAACACGGGUUUUACGGAAACCAAUACAUUUAACUAUGACGUGCGAGUCUUUUGUGAUGUAAGCAAUCAGUCAAGGUCGUAGAUUCUACGUUUCGACCUGACCUCGUUGACGCCUCAUACACAGAAUGGAUCGUGUAAAUAUGUACUCUCUCGAAUCGUGAGUCAUUCGUUACCCGCUUUUGGUUGUUGGCUGCGAAGUUCUCACUUGAUCACUGAUACACGUUUAUACAAUAAACAUGGAAAAUUCUACAGUAGACAAUUCAACGUCACUGGAGUUUUGUUCACAGUCUUUACUACGCUACUUUGACCUCGUUGUAGUCAUAGGGGUAACGUACCUCAUUUUAAUGGGCAACGUCGGAAAUUUGGCCGUUCUGCUGUCUACGGAGUCACUACGGAAUAACGCUCACGGGUACAUUUUAAUUUCACUCGCUGUGGCGGACUUGGGUGUGGGCCUCGUGGCGAGCAUGUCUAUAUACCCAGUGGCCACUUUCGACAGGACUCUGGACGCUUGGCCGUACGGGGACGUGGCCUGUGGUGCGACGGCCCUUGUCGGUCAUAUUUUCUUGGCCACCUCUGGCAACACACUGACGAUUCUCAGCGUGGAGCGCUACCUGGCCGUUGCCCACCCGCUGAAAUAUGCCCGGAUCUGGACCAAGAGAGUCUCUCUGUUCACGAUCGGUUGCUGUUGGAUCAUCGAGUUGGCGGUCUUCGUCCCGCCCAUCGUCUUGUUGGGACACGGAUACAAUCCCCAGUUACGCACGUGCACACCGUCUUUUUUGAGUAAUUUCACGAUCGUUCUGGUGUUGACUUUUGCACUUAUCAUACCCAGCGCCGUCGUCAUCUUGCUGACUUCCUGCGUGGUGAACCGAAAACUGAAAGACAGCGCCCGUUUGAGGGCCGAGAUGACACCCAGCCCAGCCCAUCGCGGCAAAGACUUCUCGACUACCAUCAAAGCCUUCCGGAUGGUGCGGGUGAUGACGGUGGGGGCGCUGGUGAGCUGGAUUCCCUACUUCGUCGUAGGUUCACUGGCCCAGCUUACCGAAAUAGAACUCCCAGGGGAUGUUUAUUUCAUCUCAUACUGGCUCCUACUUGCCAACAGUUUCUUCAACACAGUCAUCUACUUUUUCAUGAACAAGACCUUCCAUGAUAAACUUAUUCACUUGGCAAGGUCUGUCAUCCCCAAAUUUUGUUUAGAUCUCAACCGACGCGAGCAGCAGCGAAUGUGCGGGUGUUGUCUCACCGUCGAGGGAACAGCUUCUCCAGAAGGUGGAUUGGAGACGAGGACCCAAACACAGCCAAAGAGCAGUCGACCUUUGUCUGUCUCAACAAACAGCCUAACCACGUGAUUAAAAAACUCAUCAUUUAUUUUAUACAUUCGUAAUCAGAUCAGAUUUCAUUUCGACAGAGGUAAGAUGAAACAUUGAAUAACAAAUGUUUGAAGUGAGAAUAUUUUUCUCACCGGAAAUCAAUCAUUGUGUAAAUGAGUUUAAUCUGCAGUUUCCUGGAGAAUCGGUUCAGAAUCUUGGCGAGUGUACCUUCAAGGUAGUAUAGCCGUAAUAUAGGACAUUUUCUUGGGGGGGGGUUGGAUAGAAGUUAUCGACCGCUUUGUUAUUAUAAAUUUUAGCUUGCUUUUCUACGCCAAUCUUAAGAUGAAAUUAUUUUCGAAAAAAAUUCACUGUUAAAUUAAAAUGGUCUGGGCCUUGUUUUAAUCAAAUAACUAUUAUUAAGAAUCCACUGAAUUUUAGUAAUGUAAAGUUUUGCAAAGGUUAUGUAAAUUAAGUGGGCCAAUUGCUCUGCGACUGGCAUACUUUACCUCGCUGAUUGCUAUUGUUCCAUGAACUUUUAUUUCCUCCAUUGGAAUGGACUUUUGAAUUUCCUAACGGACUCAAAAGUGUUGGAAUUUCGUCCCUUGGCGGAUUUUGGGCUUUCAGCUUGCUGGGGAUGGACAAGCAGGGAUAUUUUCUCCUUGCAUGGGCACAUGACAUCAUCAUGCCUUCCUGUCGUCUGCGUUGGACCGUCUUUUCGUUGCCGCGCCGCCAGGGCAAGACCCGCUAGGUUCCCUCACCGCUAACUGGGGUCUGCCGUCUUGCCAUGUCUAGCCGGUACCACGCCCCUCCAUUAUAAGUCAUAUGUCGAGUGCUAGACCUCGCCCACUGGUCGUCAUCGUUCAGCUCCCGCUCCCGUCGGAAGUCGCCAAUAACGGAUACGAACUCCGGCGUCUUCGGAUCUGUUUGGUUCUCGGCAGGCUGGCGGCUCAGAAUUCCACACAUGGAGGCACCUCCCCUUGCAAUGGCCAACCUAUGAUUUGUUUAAUUUAACAUUGUAUAAUUCUUUGCGCAUCCGUGUCAUUUAAUUUCGUUUAUGUGUUAAUUGGUAAUAUUGAAUAAUUAAAUUAAUUUCAAUUCUAUUUUGAGCAAA